AUGCCGCCCACCCCUAUUCCGUUUCAUCGGACCCUGUUCCAAACGCCGUCCGAAUUAGCUCUAGCUAACCAGGGAUCAUCCGAUGAAGCCCCCGCUCGGGACGUCAGGAGAGGCAAAGAGCCUCAGACUGAAUCAUCUCUCGAACGGAUCAAUCGCCAGUUCUCCGAGGCGAUCUUGCAGGACCCACUCCCAAAGCACUACGCCCCUCUGGCGAUCGAGGAAUACAGCGGCGCGACUGACCCCAACGAUCAUCUCGGAGGAGAUUCCAACCGGGCCAAAAAGUCACAUGCCCGGCAGCUAAGGAUCCAUGCAGUUGGCUACAGUCAGGAGCGAGCACAAGGUCCCGAGAUCAGUUUCGGGCCUAGAGACCUGGAAGGAUUCGAAGUGCCGCACGACGACACACUCAUCAUCCAAGCGCAUGAGCUCCACGUCCGGCCGGAUGCUCGGCCCGUAAAGCAGAGGAAGUGGGACAUCAGCGCGGAGCAGAACGUCAUCAUCCGAGUAGAGAUCGAAAAGCUUCUCGAGGCCGACCAUAUACAGGAGGUGCAAUUCCUGAGCUGGUUGGCAAAUGUGGUGUUGGUCUCCAAGCCGGGUAACAAGUGGAGGGGAUAUCACCAGGUGUCGCUCGCCCACGACGAUCAGGAGAAAGUAAGCUUCAUUAUGGCGGAUGGCACCUACUGCUACAACAUAAUGCCAUUCGGAUUGGAGAACGUCGGCGCCACGUAUCAGCGGCUAAUGAACAAGGUGUUCCGGAAGCAAAUCGGGCGGAACUUGGAGAAGUGUCUGUUCGAAGCAAAAAGUGAUCGCUUUUUGGGAUAUAUCGUCACCGAGCGGGGCAUAGAGGUCAACCCCAGCAAGGUAAAGGCACUACAAGACAUGCCACCACCUAGAAAUUUAAAGGAAGUAUAG